GCGGCGGCGGCGCGGCGGCGGCGGCAGAGGGGGCUCCGGGGUCGGACCAUCCGCUCUCCCUGCGCUCUCCGCACCGCGGCUUAAAUGAUGUAUUUUGUGAUCGCAGCGAUGAAAGCUCAAAUUGAAAUUAUUCCAUGCAAGAUCUGUGGAGACAAAUCAUCAGGAAUCCAUUAUGGUGUCAUUACAUGUGAAGGCUGCAAGGGCUUUUUCAGGAGAAGUCAGCAAAGCAAUGCCACCUACUCGUGUCCUCGUCAGAAGAACUGUCUGAUUGAUCGAACCAGUAGAAACCGCUGCCAACACUGUCGAUUACAGAAAUGCCUUGCCGUGGGGAUGUCUCGAGAUGCUGUAAAAUUUGGCCGCAUGUCGAAAAAGCAACGAGACAGCUUGUACGCAGAAGUACAGAAACACCGGAUGCAGCAGCAGCAGCGAGACCACCAACAGCAGCCUGGAGAGGCCGAGCCGCUGACUCCCACCUACAGCAUCUCGGCCAACGGGCUUACGGAGCUUCACGACGACCUCAGCAGCUACAUUGACGGGCACACCCCCGAGGGCAGCAAGGCAGACUCUGCCGUCAGCAGCUUCUACCUGGACAUACAGCCUUCCCCGGACCAGUCAGGUCUUGAUAUCAACGGAAUCAAACCAGAACCAAUAUGUGACUACACACCAGCAUCAGGCUUCUUUCCCUACUGCUCUUUCACCAAUGGAGAGACGUCCCCAACUGUGUCCAUGGCAGAACUAGAACACCUUGCACAGAAUAUAUCUAAAUCACAUCUGGAAACUUGCCAAUACUUGAGAGAAGAGCUCCAGCAGAUAACGUGGCAGACCUUUCUGCAGGAGGAGAUUGAGAAUUACCAAAACAAGCAGCGGGAGGUAAUGUGGCAGUUGUGUGCCAUCAAAAUUACAGAAGCUAUACAGUAUGUGGUGGAGUUUGCCAAACGCAUUGAUGGAUUUAUGGAACUGUGUCAAAACGAUCAAAUUGUGCUUCUCAAAGCAGGUUCUCUGGAGGUGGUAUUUAUCAGAAUGUGCCGUGCCUUUGACUCUCAGAACAAUACCGUGUACUUUGAUGGGAAAUAUGCUAGCCCCGACGUCUUCAAAUCCUUAGGUUGUGAAGACUUUAUUAGCUUUGUAUUUGAAUUUGGAAAGAGUUUAUGUUCUAUGCACCUGACUGAAGAUGAAAUUGCAUUGUUUUCUGCAUUUGUCCUGAUGUCAGCAGAUCGCUCAUGGCUGCAGGAAAAGGUCAAAAUUGAAAAGCUGCAACAGAAAAUUCAGCUAGCUCUUCAACACGUCCUACAGAAGAAUCACCGAGAAGAUGGAAUACUAACAAAGUUAAUAUGCAAGGUGUCUACAUUAAGAGCCUUAUGUGGACGACAUACAGAAAAGCUAAUGGCGUUUAAAGCAAUAUACCCAGACAUUGUGCGACUUCAUUUUCCUCCAUUAUACAAGGAAUUGUUCACUUCAGAAUUUGAGCCAGCAAUGCAGAUUGAUGGGUAAAUGUAUCACCUAAGCACUUCUAGAAUGUCUGAAGUCCAAACAAUGAAAAACAAACAAACAAACAAAUUAACCGAGACACUUUAUAUGGCCCUGCACAGACCUGGAGCGCCAACACACUGCACAUCCUUUGGUGAUCGGGGUCAGGCAAAGGAGGGGAAACAAUGAAAACAAAUAAAAGUUGAACUUGUUUUUCUCAUGCAUAUGAUUUCCAUUAUGCCUACAGAUAUGGACCCUUUUUCUGUCUCGACUUCUUGAUCAUUGACCUCUGUUUACAACAGAAGGCGGGUACUAAAGUCAGAGGAUGUCCUUUUUUUGUAGCUCACUGCCCACAGACUUUCUACAUCUGUCGGUAACAACAGAGAGUCCAGCACUAAUCGGUGACUGGUGUGCAUAGCGGAGGUUGCGGCAUUACUUUGCACAACUUGCUCUUUGUCUCAUGAAGGAAGUUUUUAUUUUUUCACCGAUUAUUGCCAGUCAGCAGGAUGGCACGAAAAGGGUCCAUAGCACUAGCAACAAUAGCAUUAUAAUAUAUUACAGGGUAAAUGGGCAUGAAGACUAUAUAUAGCUAAAAGAGAUAUUGUUUAUAUAUUGUUUUAAUUAAUAUAAAAUGUAGUUACUGGUGUAGCUUUUCCUGUUGAAUUGAUAAGGCACUUUCAUUUUGCACCUUUUUUCUUUAAAUUAAAUGCUAGCGUGUUCACUGUCGUGUCGCAUGUGCACCAGAAACACAAGUUUAACUGAGAAGGCUUGGAAGGUACGUCGGGAGGUAUUUAUGCUGCUGUUUACACAAUUACUUUUAAAAGACUGGCUGGUCAUAUCUAGAAAUCACGCUGUUGGAUUAAUUUUUUUUUUUUUACACGUGAAUUUGGAAUUAGAAACAGAACUCUCCCUAAAUUGUACUUUGCUUUUGGGUCAGUUUAAGGAUAGAUGUGUUUAUGCUUCAUACAAAGUUGAGUGAGUGAUUGAUUGGUGCUGUGGACUUACACCCUCACGCACAGUAUUUUUUAAAAGCUUUUGAAAAUGCCACCUCAUUGAGGCAGGGGAAGGGAGGCUUAUUUUGCACAGCUGCGUAGUUAUAUAGACUCAGCCUCAACUUGGAGUUCUUAUGCUUUAAGAACAGAUCAGUAACCAGAAUAUUUAUCAGAAUCUAGCUUUUAUUAGAAGAAGGACCCAAAGAUUAUAUCUGGAGCAAAUGCACACUCCCCAUGUGAAAACAUGAAGCAUUUACUUUGUGAAUGUUUAUGUUCUUGGUAUAAUCUAGGAACCCUGAGAGUUUAUCUCAGAGUGAAUGGUUUCUAGACUAACUGCCUCUAGAUGGUGUCAUUCUAGAACACUGUUCUCCAUAUUUCAUAGUCAAUGGAUAGGAGGGCAAAGGAGGCGUGCGAUGUUGAACCAGUUUCUCUUAUUUAAGUAUUAAAUAUUUUAAGCCUUUAAAGUGAAGUCGAUGCAAGCUGCAAACAUUUACUUUUGUAUUUAUCUUCACUAGAAAACUGUGGACUGUAAUUUAUUUUAUUAAAUCUUUAGAAGAUUGUUUGGCUUUUGUGUUCAGGUGAGAAAUAUUGAGUUGUUUUUGUUUAAUUUUGUGGCUUUUUUUUUUAACAAUUCCCAGUGGGGGAAGGGAGAAGGAACAGUCUGUUAGACAAGUGUGCAUAUUUUAAAAUAGGUGACCUUUGGGGAUGUAGGCAUUUAGAUGAUGAUUUUAGUCACACUCGGAGUGGGAUUCAAACUUCUGGUCUGCCAUCAAAGACCAUGUUUGUAUAGAAAAGAGAACAUUUCCCAUAGUGUAAAGGUGGGAGUUUCCAAGCAGCCCGGUUACAGCGAAGAAAGCAUCUCCCCUACCACCAGGGUCCCUUCCAAAUCUUCUGCAGGAAUUCGGCUCCUGCUGUCGUGCUGGGUCAUCAAGCACGAGUUUCCCAGAGCCCUCCACUCUGUUUUUAACUCCACUGGCUUUCUGAAUUGUUUCCUGAGGGACUUGGAAACAGGGACGGGAUUAUUCACACCGAAGUGUGUAUGAAGCCUAAAUGACAUCUAAAAAAUUGUUUUUUCAAAAAUAUAGUAAGGGUUUCACCAUAAACAGAAGACGAGAGUAAUAUUUACUUAAAUUUCUUACAAGCAUAUAAAACUUUAUGGGACUUUAUAUAGAGAGGUAACUAUCAGCAUAUAGUAUUUAUAUUUGGGCAAGAAGGGUUAAAUCAAAUUUUUUAUUUAAAUAAGCAUAGUUCCUUGAAAGAUCAAUAGUAUUUAUACUCUGAAAAGAGUACCAAGCUUAGUUCGGUUAUUUAUUUAUCCAUUUUUUUUUCCUGUUGUUUCUCCUUUGGGGGGAAAUGGUGUGUUUUUAUUUUGGUUUUGGUUUGUUUUUUCUUUUUUUUUGUCAUUCUGAUUCACUAAAUUUCGGGAUGGUUUUAUUAAAGUUUAUUAACUUCUUUUUAACCAAAGCUUUCUGAAUAUGACCAGCCUCAGGUGCUAGCGCAUUAAAGAGCAACUAAACCUAAUUCCAGUGUCCAUUUGUGAAAUGAUGAGAGCUAAUUGAACUUCUCUGAGGGUGAGAGAGAACACAAUGUUGAACUUAAAUUCCUUUUCCCAGAAAGGAUUUUGCAUGUACCUAAUGCAAAAAAAAAAAAAAAAAAUGCUCUAAUCUCAGUAAUAGUCACACCGUGGUGACAUUGCUUUUAGAGUAAACCAAGAUACAUUGACAUGAUGCUGCUACUAGGUCUUUGUGAAAGAAAUACAGGGUGUGAGACUUUAAGACUAAGUACAUCGACAGUGUAGGAACAGAGUAGAGAGUAAUAGAGGCGUGCUAGGUGAAAUGAGGGAACAACUAUUAUUCGGAUCGAAGUUGGGAUCUGAAGUUAAAUAAUAAUCUCUUGAAAAAAAUAUGAGGUACAGAGAAGGAUGUGAAAAACUUUGUAUUUUUAUUUUCUUCCUUAUUAUAGAAACACCUGUGUGAUGACACAAAAUACUUGGUGAUAUAGAACAAUUAUUAUUAAUCGUUCUUACAAUUAAAAUUUCCUAAUCUUAAAUGUCCAAUAGUCUUUUAAAGAUUGGAAUCACAUCAUUGUUAUCCCGGCUGCUGUAAUGCCUUUUAUACAAUAUUUUAACAUAGGGUAAAUAAGGCUUUUGCACAGAGCCUGAAUACCUUCGGUUACAGUGGUGUCCAAAUGAUUGCAUUAUAUUGUGAAGAAACUGGCCGUGGUCACAAUGAAAUCAAAAGUGCAGGUGAAAGUGCUUUUGGGGGCAGUUUGCAAAUUGCGGUUAAAGCUACGGAUUUUUUUUUUUUUUUUUUAAGUGUUCAGCAUCCCAAUUUGCUUUAAAGGUGUGGGUUUUUUUUUUAAGUCUUCAGCAUCCUAAUUCACCCUUUCUAACUUAAAGAAAACAUGACUUAAGACACUGCUUCUAAGUUUGGUUGUUCUUUAUAGUGUGGAUAUUCAGAUCUCUGUGAGUGUAUGGGGGUGGGCUGAGGGUCAGAUGAGGAGGGAGCGUGUGUGUGUGUGUGUGUGUGUGUGUGUGUGUGUUUAUGUCUGUGUGUAUGGUUUUCGUGUGUAUGAUGUGUGUGUGUGUCGAACCGCUUCUAGGCUACUAAGUGUCAAUGGAAAAGAAAAUGUAUUCAAAAUACUUAAAUCAAAACUAGAAGAUGGAAAAAAAAGAUUUAUUCUCUACAAAGCCUUGUCUGGACCACUUUAGAGAGACUUCUAUUUUUUUAACCCUUCUAUAAAUAUUUGAUGGCACUUGAAAUAUUCCUGCAAUAAAAUGUGAUUUGUGUAAAGAAAAAAAAAAAGAUUUUGUAAUGUGAAACAAAGAAAGAAAGUAAUGUAAUUUUCUAAAAAAAAAAAUACAAACAAACAAACUUUGUAUUAUUUUCUUGAUGGAAUUUGUCUAUCUGUCUUUGGAAAACUUUUUAUUUCAUUGAAUGUGCCAUAGUAGAAAUACGUGUUUUUAGUUUUAGACUUAAGGAAUAGCUGUUUGUGUUCCGACAUUCCAAACUGCAAAACAACCUAGUAGAAUCUUUAAUGAAAAGGUUUAAGUAGGAUGUAAGCUUCUCUCAUUGUUGCUUUUUUGCACAUGUUCUUCAUUCCUCUCUAGUGCAAUAUGUACAUAGAGCACUUGCGGGUGUACCUUGAUCCCUCAGGGAAAAAUACAUAUUUGUACAGUUUUUUUUGGUUUUGUUUCUUGUUUUGUUUUUUGUGGGUUUUUUGCCUUUUGGUUUUGGCUAAGGAAUGUCGACUGAAUCACUUGUUAUUGUUGAGGGGCAGCCAGAUAAUAAUCCUAAAGCCACUGUUUCAAACAUUGAUUGUUUAAAUCAUGUGUCCUUCCAGUGCUAUUAUUUGAAGAUAAUAAUAAUAAAAAGUUAUUUUCUGACAGUUCUUUGUGCUGAUUGGUGAAAGAAAAGGGUAAAUAAGCACCUUACAAUUGACUUACUGUGAAUGACAAUCCAUCUUGAUAUCAACAAUAGAAGCCCUAUCACUUUGGAGUUGGGGUUAAGAGUCAGAAACAAUGUGCUCAGGGAUCUUCUAAAACUCUUAAAACAGGGUGGCCAGUACUACUGGGACAAAAUUGUGUUUUGUAUUGUUAAUAAUAAUGAUAAUACUAUCCCUCCAAGGCACAAGUGAACUGUGUAGAACUGCGCGUGUGUAUAAACUUCACUGUUGUUCAUUUUGUUUUGUUCAGAAUGUAUGCGUUCUUCAGUCUUGUAUGCUUAAAAACAUUGAAUAACUUCCAAAGCAGUACAAAGUGAUGCCAGUAUGUUCAAAAGAUAAAUUAAUAGGUCAUAUAUCAACAAAGAGCAUCAUUCAGAGUACAGUCCUGCCUACUCCACUUACCAUUUCUCUAAUAAUUAAAAUAUUCUUGAUAAAUAUAUUUAUAGCAUUAUAUGUUAAAAACUAUUAUUCCAAAUCCUAUAUAGCAUGGAUAAAAAUUUUUUAAAGCAGUAAUGAGAGCCCUACCUAUCAGUGCAGUGAGAGAGGUAAAAGAUGAAACAUUGUGGGUUUUUUUCCCCAAAUACCAGCAGAUAACUCCCAUUUUCAUCAUGUUCUCCUCUAGAAAUAAACCAAAAAAAUCUCUUUAUGUAACACGAUUCUUCUACUUACCGCAUUUGUAAUCUGUACGAGAGCUAAUGUUUAAAGACAAACAAAACCCACCAGUGUAACAGCAAUGUGAGCCAGCUUUUAGUGUUACAUUUUACAUUUUUGAAACAUUUUGGAAGUAAUAUUUCGAUAUAUUACUUUCCAUAAGGUCAAUGAACAUCACUGUAAUUGUUGGCUUUGGUUCUUGCACACCUAGAAUAUACUUUCAGAAGAAGCUUUACAUGUUUUCUUACCACCAUGGAAAAGCAAAAUUUGGGAUAACUUUCCAUGUGUUUAGAUUAAAAAGAAACCAUCACUUUGUUUUGAUGAUAAAGACUAGGGGAAAUGGCAGAUAUCUCUCUCUCUCUCUCUCUCUAUCUAUAUAUACACACACAGACAUUAUUGACAUACAUAUUAUAACAUUUGGUUGCCACUUCUUACUUACAAAGAUAUGACACAGCAGAACCCCAUAAAAACAACUUUAUACUGUGGAUCAAAUUAUAUGCCUAUAAAUGCAAUUGCAACAGUAAAUCUUCAUCUGUUACUAAAAGUCUGUGAUAUGGAUCUUAAUUGUAUUCCCAAAACAGUAGUAUUGUUAAAGAGGUUCCACCAGAUUGGACAAAAGAGACCUUCCUAUUACUGUUUAUUCUUAAGAAAAGAGCAGGCUGGCAAGCAAUUUCUUUACAAAGCAGUUGGUUUCACUUUUGGGUCUGUUUGCUUGUUUGUGUAAUUGUGAUCAUUUUUGUCAGGCUCUCAGUACAGCUUUUAAAAUAAUCCAGAAGCCUGGCUUCAUACCAAGGAGACAUCGUAGAUGGGGGGAGAAUCUCCAUGUUUAACCAGACCUUCAGAACUUAGAGCAAUAAAUACAUUCAGUCAUUUAUUUAUUUAUAAAUGAAUGACAGAAUAUUCAGUCCAAAUAGAAACAAUGUUUUUUCAGCAAUGCAACAUAACAUGGAGUCUUAUGUUAAGAAGGUGAAUAUGAGAAUAUUAAGUAGAUGCCUAGAAAAUCCAUGUUUGCUGUUGACAUUUAGUGUGUUUGCCACAUUAGUAACAUCACACUUCUUUUUCCCUUCUAAGAACUGAUGAAAGAUCUCUUGCUGUUAGCUUUGACAUGCUGCACGUGCCAUUAUGUUGUUCUCUAAGAGCAACUAAAUUCUUUGCAGUAUUCGUGUGUGAUUCCGUUCUCCCUCGUUAUUACUUUAAUGUGGAUGAAUACUAUCUCUAGGAACUUGGUUAUCAUUGAACAGAUUGCAUAUGUAAAUGCAGAUAAUUCUUGAGCAAUAUAGUGAAUCUGAUUUCACACACACACACAAAAUCCAUAUGUACUGUACACAUCUUCCUGAAUCCAAAACUCUCUCCUUAUCCACAAUGGUUUGAAAUCUCAUAUAAAACAGUGGUAAAUUUUUAAACAUUAGGACAUUAGCUGGCUGCUUCUUUAAAUGUACCUGUAUUGUCUGCCUGCUCCUUUUGUGGAGAUGUGUUUUUGUAUUGGAUGUUUGGGCCAAUGGGAGGCUUCAAGCUACAACAUAUUUUCCCAGUUUAAAUAUAUUUAACAUACGACAAACCCCAGACAAGGCUUUUAAUAUGUAUAAAGAACUGCAGUGUUAGGUGGUUUAUUUGCAAACCGUUUUCAAUGUUGUCCAUUUUUAUGGCACCUUUAACAAUAUUCUUGUUUCCAAAGUACAAAAAAAAAAAAAAAAUAGGUUAAAUAAUCUAGCCAUAACUGAAUGUCAAGCAAUAAAACAAAUGACUUCUGUGCAUAGACUUAAAAAAAUACAAAUUUUAGACAUCUGCAUGUAAAUGCAAUCUCUUGUUUACUGCUUUCUUCAACUUGAGCAAUUGAUUCCUUAUUUACUAUUAACUUAAGAACUUGUAAUGGCCUGUAAACAUUUUCUCUCUUACUCUUCUUUCAAAUUUACCUUCGUCCCUGCUUUUGAGUCAUAAUAUUUAAUGUUGUUCUGCACAUCUCUAUACAGUUAACUUUUUGGCUUUCAUUCUGUAUAGAUAAGAAAAUGUUAUAUUAUAAACAGCCUACUCAGUGCAAAUAUUUAUCUGUUUAUCAAAUCCACAAUAUGCUGUAUGAUACUGGUUUUACUAUAUAAUCUAUUUUAGACAUAGCUGUUUAGAACUAGAGUGUGCUAUUUUUGUGUUUUUCUGAUGUGUGGUGCUAGAUAAGUUACUUUUGUGAACAAACAAACAAAAAAAACCCCUUUUAUUCCUAGACAAUACCACCUUUGGGUCUUGUUAAUUUCACUGAGUAUAACUAUAUAUUUGUGUAUAUAUAUAUACAUAUAUAUAUAUACACACACACAUAUAUAUAUAUAUAUAUAUAUAUAUAUAUAUAUAUAUAUAUCUACCUGUGCCCAACUGGCAGCUGUAUCAGAGUGCUGGAUUUGGGACAUGCUUUUCUCUUUAAAUACAUAAUAUCAUUAUAUAAAUUAUUCUAGAGUGUAUUUAAUUAGGAUAAAAUUACUUCCUUAGUAUGGAUAUUUGACAUCUAUAGGGUGAAUUUGUUCGUAAAUAUGGAUAUAUAAAAACGUAUUAGCACUUACUUUAUGUUUGCUACUUGGCUUUAUACCAUAUCUCCUAAGCUGAAAAUAAUUUGCCAGGCCUUCAAGGUCCUAAAGAAACACUCUAGUUUAAUGGAGUAAUAUUUUUUUUUCUUACUAAGGCACCUUAUUAUUGGCACCUGGCAGAGUUAUGUAUUAGCUCCUAUUAUAGAUAAUAGGCACUUAUAUAAAGUAUCCUUGGUGGCUUGAUGGCAGAAUAAACCUUUCCCCUCCUACCUGAGCCAUGAGAAGUAUAUAGACGUCCGCUAUCAUGGCAGAACAUUGACCAUAAAGCAACUUUGACAAGGGGUGUUCCGUGUUAACAUGACCUCAACCAGUUCCAUGAACUGAGUGAAGGACCUUCAUUUUAAAAGUCAUUUAAUAAUGAGCUUAGUUAAACUCUUUCACCUGUUCUUCCAAGACCUAUCGGCAUUGUUAAAAAAUCAAAGUAUAUCAAAUAUCUAACUAAGGAUGUAGUUAACCUUAUUAAAUAUUGAUUAGAAUUGUUCUGUAAUAUUACUGAAUUUGUAAGAUCUUUAGCAAAGAUUUUUGAGCAAUUUAUAAAUAUAGAGCAAAUGUUUCUGUUUAUUGCACUUUUUGUAAUUGAAGGUGAUAAAUCCUCAAGCCAUGGUUAUUGGCUUCCAUGCACUGAAUAUUUACCCACAAUUCUAGACAUUUUCCAUUUUUAUGGAAGAGUUGCUGUUACCUUAAUUAUAAAUGCAAUCAUGUGGUUAAUGAGAGCUAAUGCUAAUAGUUAACCUUCUAAAGUGAAUUGGCUACAGUUUAGGGAGAAAUCUCUUUUAAUACAAAUCAUGUCAUUCCUUAUUGCUUCGCUUCGAAAGGAAUUGAAACCUUUUUUUUUUUUUAAA